CGAUCUUUGGGGCCAAGGUGCUGCUGCUCGUCAUGGUACUCGGCAUCCCUGCUGACUGGCUGCUCGUAGGUGUCCAUGGUCAACGAGGAGAUGAUGUGACCGAAUCAUUCACAGAAGACCCUAAUCUGGUGAAUGACCCUACUACAGAUGACACAGUUCUGGCUGAUAUCACACCUUCCACAGAUGACUUGGCCUCAGCUGGUGACAAGAAUGCAACUGCAGAAUGCCGGUACGAGAAAUUUGCUUGUACAAGACUGUACUCUGUCCAUCGGCCAGUCAAACAGUGUGUUCAUCAGGUUUGCUUCACCAGCUUACGGCGCAUGUACAUCAUCAAUAAUGAGAUCUGUUCCCGACUUGUCUGUAAAGAACACGAAGCUAUGAAAGAUGAGCUUUGCCGGCAGAUGGCAGGCCUGCCUCCGAGGCGACUCCGUCGCUCCAACUACUUCCGACUUCCUCCCUGUGAAAAUAUGAAUUUGCAGAGACCCAAUGGUCUGUGAUCAUCAAGGAUGAAAAAAGAAAAGUGUGGGUGAGAGGAGUCAGAAAUUCCUUCUCCUCCAACCACUGUCAUCUGUCCCAUAGACAUGUAUUGCUAAACUAAGCCCUUUGCAAUGUCCCGGCUUUGACCCUACUCUCUAAUUCCACUGGAACUGGUAACAUUUGUCUCAUUUUGCAGUACUGACAAUACAGUGUCUCUAUUGUUACAUUGUUUUGCUGAUUUCCAGUAUCAUAGACAAGGUGGACAAAAGACAGCCACACGACUUAGGUACAAACAAUCUACAUUCAGCCCCAACAGAAGAAAGGAGCCGGGGUGCCUUGGCUAA